ACAGACCCCAUUUGAAUCCAGAAUAUCCAAAAUAAUAUUAGUGUGUUGCCACUUAAAGACGUUAGUGUAGGAUACAACUCUGUAUCUUACCAUCACUCAUCUCCAUUUUUAAGUCUUGGAGGGAAGUUUAUUAGUGUGCAGGAAUUUUCGGCUAUUUUACCAUAAGUUGUUGAAAUGCGAACUCAUUCAAGGAGUGGAAUAUUACUAUCCCGGGCACUUUCUGCCAUUAUAUUACUCCUACCGACAUUUACCUCAAAAUCCAAAGUCAAUGCAGAUUAUUUGAGGCAUGCAAAGGGAAAGGGGAUUAAGAUUGAAGGCCUUCAUAACGAAGAUGAAGGAUUCAAAAGAGGAAGUACGGUUGAUGUUGUGUCCAAUGGCAACAAAAUUGAACAACCUGAGGAAUGCCAGUCUAAUUGCCCCCCAGGAUAUUGCGAUUUGAAGACAAGCAUCGUUUGGGGGUUAAUACAGCCACUUUCAUUAACAUACCCCUAUGUUCACAACGUACCUUUUAGUGAUCUCCAAGAAACUGAUGAAUCUUCCAACAAAAAUCUAGAAGAUGUUAUUGAAGAAGCAGACCCUAUGGAAGAGUAUGCUGGUGAGCAAUUUGCUGGCCUUGGUAUUAUCGACGCCAUUCAACGCAAGGAACUCUAUGAACUCACAGGCGUCACUGCUGCUUGUCUUAAGCUGUUUGGCCACUUCUACAGAGUUUCCGCUAAGGGUGUACCAGUGGACCCAAAAGCUCCCAUUAGGAAGUACAUGUUCCUGAAAUUCAUUCCCACAGAUGAUGUCACUUUCGGGCGCGUCAUCAACUGGAUGAGCAUCUGCUUUGUCUCAUACGCAUUUAUCGCUAUGUUAACCUUUAUAGGAACAACCAAGAAGCAUGAGGAGGUACAAAAGAAUAGUUGACCUCUCCAGAUUCUUGUCUGAUUCAUCAAAAUCAGUAGAGGCUUCAUGAGACCUGCAAGCGUAACAUAUCGUGUGUGUUUGGCACUACCGUAUAAUAGGCCAAAUAAGUAUACGCUGGCUUUGUUCAAGGCUGGUAUGGAGAUUUUAUACCCCUAAUCACUCCUGGCAUUCGACUUGAUCUAAAAGAUAUAUCUAUUAUGAUAUACACCAUAUGGAUAUUUUCGCCAAUAUGGGUAAAGCGUCGAAUGCUCCGAGGAGGAUUCCUAGAUCUUGUGGAAGGCGGGCUGCCAGACUAUUUUAAGCAGCCGCUCAUAUCCUAGCGCAAAAAUCGCGCUAUGUCGUUUGGCAGCAGCAAACGCACGAUAUUAUACGUGUGAAUCAUAAUCAUCUUCAUUGUGCAUGCAACAAAGGAUUUGUUGUAUCCAUUCAAGUGGCAUCUGUUAAUCGUCUUAACAGUGCGCAUAUCGUACACAAUAGAAGCCUAAUAGCAGGCUAAAUACGCAACAGCUCUAAUAUUUUAACGACUAUUC